AGGAGGACCACCAGAGGGACACGCCGCUGAUGGUGGCCAUAGAGCACGGCCGGUUUCCCGCGGUGAAGCUGCACAUGUUGUGCGAGAGGACGAUCGAAGACGUGUUGCGGGUCGCGCAGGUCUCGCCGGCAGCGGCCGCGGUCCUGAUGCGCGCCGGGACGGACGUGGACGAAGUCCACCACGUGUGGCGCAAAGUGCUGCGGGGCAGGGUGACGGUCGCCCAGUGGGUCGAGCUGAUGGAGCGUGCGCCGGCAGCGGCCGAGGACGUCCUGGAGGCGCUGACACAGGCGCCGCGCGUGAAUGGGCGCAGCAGCAACCUGGUCCCCAGGCAGGCGGUGUUCCGCAAUAUGGAGACCACCUGGAGCGAGGAGGUGAAGCGUUGGCACCUGACCUUGGCGCCGCAGGACAUCAGGGCGUGGUGGGGCCGGCCUUCCGCGGAGCAGAAGCAGAAGGGCCAGGCGGUGCACCCGGAGCGGGCCAGCGCGCUGCCCUCCGAGGAGCAGGGGCCGCAGGGGCCCCUGCCGGUCGGCCAGCGGCCGAAGAGGUCCUCGUCCAACGUCUCGUUGCUUCGCAGCCUGACCAUGCUGGCAGACAACCUCAGGGGGCAGCCCAAGAUGGUGCCAGUCCGUGUCAAGGUGGUCCGGCUCCCGGGCAUCAUGAGCUACCAGGUCCUCCACGCCCUCGCCACAACCAGCCACCUCCACGUCUUCAGCAAGCUCCCGGUGAGGGCGAUCGUGGAGCACGCGUGGAGGUCAACUGUGAGGAUGUCGUACAUGUACUCGAUAUUCCUGCGCGUGAUCACGCUCUGCAUCCUCAUCAUAAGCGUGAUGCCACCCGACUUCGCCGAGAGCGAAAUCUACAGGAGGGCGGCGUGGAGCUACCUCUGCGCCCACGCUCUGGAGGAGCUGCAGUACGAGCUCUGCGAGAUGUACGGCAUGCUGUUCGUGCUGGUGCCGGCCGCGUCCGGCAGGUCAUCCGAUUACUGCGUUGACAUGCUGCUGCAUGUCCUCCGCUUCUUCUGGAGAGCGUACCUCACGAACUAUAAGAACAUGUUCGACGCGUCGUCGAUCGGGCUGCUGCUGGUCCUGCUGGCCAUCAGCAUGGACUCUCUCAGGCUGGACACGUGGCCAUCGGUGCUCGCGCUGGUGUCGGCCGCCAGAUGGUUCCAGUUCAUGUACACCCUGAGGGCCUUCAAGAUGUGGGGGUACAGGUUGCUCCCGCUGAUCCACUCCCUGGUCCCGCUGAGCGGCAUCCUCUGCAUCACGGUUUUUUUCUUCUUGGGUUGCUUGCAGGCGUUCUUGGUUCUGGACAGCGGGACGAGGAGUUUCAGCGACAUUUUCGUCGCAAUGUUCCGCUUCCUCUUUCUGGGCGACUUGGACGACCAGGACACGGCGCUGGAGAUAUUGAGAGCCUACGGUACUGGUUUCACGCUUGUGUUUUUCGCGAUCUGCAUAUUCUUCAACAUUUUCAUCCUCAACCUGUUCAUCACAACCACAGGUGAGGCCUAUGACAAGGCCCAAGAGUUGUGCAUGACCAGCUUCCAGCAGGAGCGUGCCAACAUCUGCCUGAACUACAUGCUCCGGCCCUCGGUAGAGUGCAUGCGCAAGGCGUGGAAGGAGCGGUGGCACCUUUGGUUGAUGACGACCGUCGGCCUCCUCCUGCUGCUGCCGCUCUGGUACGCCCUGGUGCUGGCUCCAGGC